GAAAGGAUUCGUUCGAUGCGACGUAGUUUUGGAGGCGUUGGCUUGGUCGCUGUUGUCAGUCUGCUUUGGAGAACCUGAGACGAAGAAGAAGAAGACGACCUUAAUAAUCUUUUGGAGUAACCGGAGUCAAAUACUCUGAAACUGUUUUUUUUAUUUAUUUAUAACGUCAAGUAAUUUGAACCUAUCGAAAUGAUCAAAAACGGCCACCACGCCAACGACCAGCAGGAUGACGCUGGUUGUAAGCCGGGUGGUUCAGUGUGCAGCCCGGAGAAAAGGAAGCGCGUCGUCCGGUUGUGGUGUGACGGCUGUUAUGACAUGGUUCACUACGGUCACUCCAACCAGCUGCGGCAGGCCAAAGCCAUGGGAGAUUACCUCAUAGUUGGAGUGCACACAGAUGCUGAGAUUUCCAAGCACAAAGGUCCUCCGGUCUUCACUCAGGAAGAACGCUACAAGAUGGUACGGGCCAUCAAGUGGGUGGAUGAGAUGGUUGAAGGAGCACCUUACGUCACCACCCUGGAGACUCUGGACAAGUACAACUGUGACUUUUGUGUGCACGGAGAUGACAUCACGCUGACGGUAGAUGGUAAGGACACAUAUGAAGAGGUGAAGCGUGAAGGCCGUUACCGGGAAUGUAAACGCACACAGGGUGUCUCCACCACUGACCUGGUGGGACGAAUGCUUCUCAUGACCAAAGCCCAUCACAGCAACAUGGAUAACCCUGAUUAUCAGCAGCAUACAGACAACUUUGGAAAAGGCCCUAAAGGCCACAGUCCAUGGACAGGAGUGUCACAAUUUCUUCAGACUUCCCAGAAGAUCAUUCAGUUUGCUUCAGGAAAGGAACCUCAGCCCGGAGACACCAUCAUCUAUGUGGCCGGGGCAUUCGACCUCUUCCACAUUGGCCAUGUUGACUUCUUAGAGAUGGUCUAUAAGCAGGCGGAGAGGCCCUACGUCAUCGUUGGUCUGCACUUUGACCAGGAAGUGAAUCGGUACAAGGGGAAGAACUAUCCAAUCAUGAACAUCCACGAGAGGACACUGAGUGUCCUGGCCUGUCGGUAUGUGUCGGAGGUGGUGAUUGGUGCUCCCUAUGCGGUGGGCAAAGACCUGCUGGAUCAUUUUAAGGUGGACCUGGUGUGUCAUGGCAAGACAGAGGUGUUUCCAGACAAGGAUAUGUCAGACCCCUACGCUGAGCCAAAGAAGAGGGGGCUAUUCCGGACCAUCGAUAGUGGGAACAAUCUCACCACUGAUGACAUUGUCCAGAGAAUCAUUGAAAACAGGCUGCAGUUUGAAGCCAGGAACCAGAAGAAGGAGGCCAAGGAGAUGGCAGUGAUCGAGGCGAUGAAGAGGAAAGAGCAGCAGGUGCAGAGUGAAGGUGCAGACCAGGAAGCUCACUAGUGAAACCUCAGGCCUGGUUCUGUGUCUUAUUUACUCAUCCUGGUACACUCAGCUUUAAAAGGAUGGACUUGACUGACCCAGAUGGACGGUCCAUGUUGUCCUAAACUGGACAGUCCACUGGAUGCGGAAUCCUGCUUUAAAUAUUUGGUGAUGCAGUAUAUCUUGCAUGCCGCUGGGUUAGCUUCACUUAGCCUCACUUAGCCUUCAUCUAUACAGACAGCUCCAGUCUAAUGCAAUUAGAAUAGAUUUGCCUGGACAAGAACACAAAGACUACCAACUCAUACUACAAUUUAACCUGCUAAAUCCCUCUCAACCUCUCUUCCUCCACAGAGAACUUUUUAAUGUCGUCUUCUGUCAUGUAUUGUUUGGUUUUUUUUGUCCAUGAAAUCACACACUACAUGCUCCUGUAUAGGUGUAGAAAUGGUAUGUCAAGUUUUUAAUAAGCCAUAACUUCAAAUGUUAAUGACAUUGUCAGUUAUGUUUUUAGUUUAAACCAUAUUAGUAUUUAAUGAUAAUUUUUUAGAAGUGUCUUCAGUUGAACGUUGAAUGUGCUCUGUUUUUUAAUACACUGAGAAAACAUUGAUGUAUUUUAAUUUCUAGAAGUCACUAUGGUUUUGUCCAUCGUGAAAAUUAUUAUUACUGCGUUUAAUGAUCUGUAGUCUUUUAAUUUUAACUGUGGAUUUUAACUACCUGAUUUUGCCGUGGGUGUGUGAGUGUGAGUAGGUUUGUGUGUGUGUCUUAGGCUAUCUUCAGGGACACAUUUCAGACUAAAGACCAGUUCAUUUGGGACGGCUUGUCCAAUCAGGGACUAAAGCCAUGUCCCAAAUCAGGAAAGAGCUCUUUAUGGGUCAGUGGUUAAGGUUAGUUUCAGGUUAGUCUCCACAGCGCUGUGUCAGCACUGGAAUAUGGUCUGGCUAAACUGCUUAUCUAUUCUAGGAUAGGGGGUAAAAAUGCUCUGGCUUGUUUUGUUUUUUUCUUUAAACCAAUCACAACCGUCUUGGGCAGCGCUAAAUCUUGGAUGUAGCGACGGUGCCUUUGCAAAAAAAUAUAGCGGAGGUAGCGAAAGGGGAGGGACAUCAUCAUAGGCCGGAUAUCAGGCUUUAUCCCAGCAAUGUACAUCUGGUAAACCAGACUAGGGUUAGGUUAAGAUAAGGCAAGUAGUGGUUAGGGUUUCCAGAACAUGAAUGUAUGUCUAUAAUGUACCCAAAAGUGACCUAAGUAAACGUGUGUGUGUGUGUGUGUUUGUGUGUUUGUGUGUGCUCACGCGCAAAAGAGUGAGGUUUGUGAGUAAGCGUUUGUGCCUCAUUCCUAUAGACUAUAAUAAAAAUAGGCUAUAACUAAUGUGAGGGCUGUGAAUUGUAUCAGAAAGUCCAAACUGUGUUGCUAAAGUUGUCCUUCUCUCCCCAGUCUACUUUCAAGAAAUGUGUUUUCCAAUGUCCUCUGUUCUUCUUUAAAAGAAUCCAAGAACUUAAACAUUUGGGACCCAGUCCUUUAAACUGCUUCUGCAAACAUUUUUAGAUUGUUCAAGGUUAUAAUCUGUUGCUUUUCUUGUUGUUGUGCUAGGGGGCAUUUUACUCUGAGCUGAAUUGUUAAUGGAGCAAGACAGUGUGUGUUUUUAAAGUGUGUCUGUGGGGUGAAAGGUGGGAUGGUGUCAGGCUGAGAAAUAAAUACAUUUCUAAAUAUUUGAUGGUAGGAAUUUUCACAACCUUUCCAUCACUAUAUUGCAAUGUGUAAAUUUACCUGUUAAUAAAUAAAUUAGUAAUGUGGCAAAGUU